AUGAAAACACGGAGCCGCUUCGCCGUCGUGCUCCUCCUCGCCAUAGGCGUCUUUUCCGUCUACGUCUGGCCCUCCAGAACGCUACAUACCGUGCUGUCCUCCGACGUGCUAGCACUGUCCAUGUUUCUGGAUCACGGAUCCAUGGAGGCAAUCUGUGCUUCCUACUUUGACGCGUUGGCGGCCGAGGCGCCGUUGCCAGCAUCCUCGUCGACGCUCCUCCCCCUCACGUCCGUCACAAACCACGUGGAGCACCUUCGGAUCUUCAACAGGUGCUACAUCGAAAAGGGCUACCAGCUCACGCCAGCGGCCCGCCAGGCCGAACAACAGCUCCUUCCGUUCUUCUCCGAGCUUUCUGUGCUGGCCGACAGAAGGUCGUUUUUGAACGGCAUCAAGCAGAAGAUGGACGGCCGGGGUAUAGUGGUGAGCAUCAGCGAUGCCGAGGUGGGCCGGGCUCUGAACUUGCUACGAGUGCUCAAUCACCUCGGCAACGAGCUCCCGAUCCAGUUUGUGCAUUUGGACGAGCUCUCGGAGGUUUCUGUGAAACUCCUCCGCUACGCUGCCAUGCUGCCCAGAGCCUUGGGAAGAGACCAGCGUAUUUCCUUUGUGAACGUGGGCAGGCACCUCGCUUCGGGCUUUGACAAGCACUUCAAGGGAUACAACAGAAAGUGGUUUGCGGCGAUUUUCACCUCCUUCAAGGAGAUGAUCCUCAUGGACGCCGAUUCCGUGCCCUAUGUGCCGCCUAGUUCCUUCUUUGACCUCGAGGGCUACCAGGAAACCGGUGCUUAUUUCUUCAGGGACAGGGAGCUCAAUGUGCUACUCAAGAAGUGGAAAAUCGACUUCUACAAGGGCCUUCUUCCGAACAAAAGGACGCCGUUCGGGUUUGAGGUCGACUCGGCGCAGCUCCACAACAACUUUUUCCUUUUCAACUCCAAACACGUUGCCGAGAGCGGCGUUGUGGUGAUGGACAGAGAAACCCAUCUUCUGGGACUCGUCAUCCCGGUCGCCUUGCUGUACUUCAGAAAAAGCUCCAAAAUCUUGUACGGAGACAAGGACUUGUUCUGGUUCGGCCAGUUGAUCAGCGGAAACUCGAACUUUACCUUCCACUACAACACCGCCGGCGCCAUGGGCCAAAUAGAACCUACAGGUGAGGUUUGCCUGGCCCAAAUUGCCCAUUACGGUAACAAUACGCUUCUUUGGACCAACGGUGGUCUCACAAGGUGCAAGAAGAGGACCUGGGUCAAGGACUACUUGUGGUACUCGACCUUCAGGGAACAGUACGGGUCAAUUGCAGAGCUCCGUGAGAGCUACAACAAGCCUGUCGAGGUUUCCGAAAUAAUCAUUCCUGCUGUUUUGAGCGACAAGAACGAGCCUGGAACAGGAAAAAGACCGAUUUCCAACUUCAACAAGAGGGAAAGCCGAGGCUGUGCCGCUACAUACUAUUGUGCCAACGCCAUGGACGGCGGCAGGCUCAUCAUUCUAGAUUCGGAGGCCAAGGCCCAUAUCAACACCGUCAUCGACGUGUGGAACGAGCAUCAUCUCUACGGUAACUUAUAG